CGAAUUGGCCGGUCGAUCAGCAUGGGCGUCCAGAGCAAGCUCGCAGGCGCGUCCGCGCUGACGUUUAUCGGGCUGGCGCUUGUGAUCCGGGAGAAGGGCCAGAAGGAUGCCAAGGCCGCGUGCGAGCUCAACUCGCAGUUUUCGCCGCAAAAGUCCAAGGGCCAGGAGAAGAAGGUCGCGAUCAACAAGGAGUUUCUCGAUCGCUUCAUGCGCCUCUUCCGCAUCAUCAUCCCGGGUCUAUGGACGCCCGAAGUCGCGUAUGCCAUUGGCGUCGCCGCGCUCCUUGCGAUGCGCACGUCGUUUGACAUUACGAUCCUCCAGAUCAUCACGUCCAUCGAGCGCGCCAUCAUUGGGCGGUCGUCCAAGGACUUUGUGCACCACUUGUCGCGCUUCUUCCUCAUCAUGCUGCCCGUGUCGUGCGUCAACUGCCUCCUCAAGUAUGGCCACACGGAGCUGAGCCUUCGGUUCCGGACGCGCCUCUCGACCUUUCUGUACACCAAGUACCUCCAUGAGUACACGUACUACAAGGUGUCGAACCUCGACGCACGCAUCUCCAACCCCGACCAGCUGCUCACGGUUGACGUCGAGCGCUUUGCGACGUCGGUCGCCGACCUCUACUCGAACGUAACCAAGCCCCUUCUUGACAUUGGCAUUUACGCCGUCAAGCUCACGGGCACGAUUGGUCUUGCCGGCCCUAUGACGAUGUUGAGCUACUUGGUGGGCUCGGGCAUGUUCCUCACGUGGCUGCGUCAACCCACAGGCCGCUUCACCAUUGCAGAGCAGCGGCUCGAGGGCGCGUACCGGUACAUUAACGCGCGCCUCAUCACCCACGGCGAAGAAAUUGCGUUCUACAAUGGCAACAAGCGCGAGGCGUCGAUCCUGCAAUCGUCGUUUGACGCACUCGUGUCACUCAUUCGCCAGUCGCAGCAAUUCCGCUUCUCGAUGAGCGUCAUUGACAGCGUCAUUGCCAAGUACUUUGCCACGGUACUGGGCUUUGUGCUCGUCUCGCGGCCAUUCUUGGACUUGAACGACCCGCGCCAUCUCAACUCGUCCCACGCCGACCGCAUGCAGGACUACUUUCGGUCGGGCAAAAUGCUCAUGAAGCUCUCGGAAGCCAUGGGGCGACUCGUGCUCUCGGGCCGCGAGCUCACGCGCCUCGCGGGCUUUACGUGCCGCGUCGCCGACAUGAUCUCCGUGCUCGACGACCUCCAUAACGGCAAGUACACGCGCACGAUGGUGACGCCGUCGCCCGACGAUGCCGACGCGUCGGCGCUCGUGCCCAAUAGCGGCACCCUCGAGUACGCCGAUCACGUCAUCGAAUUCGAGAAAGUGCCGCUCGUGACGCCCAACGGCGACGUGCUUGUCCGGUCGCUGUCGUUCAAGGUGACGUCGGGGAUGAACGUGGUCGUGUGUGGCCCGAAUGGCUGCGGCAAGAGCUCGCUCUUCCGUAUUCUCGGCGAGCUUUGGCCCAUGUUUGGUGGCAAGUUGACCAAGCCGAGUCGCAACAACUUGUUUUACAUCCCGCAGCGCCCGUAUUUGACGCUCGGGAGUCUUCGUGACCAGAUCAUUUACCCAGACACGCUCGAAGGCAUGGAAGCGGCUAAAAAGUCGGACGACGAUUUGCUCGAGCUCCUCAAACUCGUGCAGCUCGAGUACCUCGUGACGCGCGACGACGACCAAGAGGAUCCGUGGGGCGUUGUCAAGGACUGGUCGGACGUUCUCAGCGGCGGCGAGAAGCAGCGUGUGGCCAUGGCCCGACUCUUUUUCCAUGCCCCGCAGUUUGCAAUUCUGGACGAGUGCACGUCGGCUGUGAGCGUUGACGUCGAGGGCUUGAUGUAUGACUACUGCAAGAGCCAAGGCAUCACGCUCUUCACGGUCUCGCACCGCAAGUCGCUCUGGAGCUACCACGAAUAUGUCCUCAAGUUUGACGGCCGUGGGGCGUACGAGUUCCGUCGCAUUGAAGAGAGCGACGCAGCCUUUGGCUCGUAGAUGUUUCCGGCCUCCGCCAAGCAUACACAUUGUCUGUAGACCUUGCCUAACGCAUGUAUAACCAUCGCCUUGGUGGACUUGUUGCACGCAA